GCUGUUGAUUGAAUUCAUGUCCAAUGAGGAUGAGCCAGACUGGCAUGGAUAUCUGCUAGCUGUUGUUUUGUUUGUGGGAUCAACAACCGGUCAAAUGUUGUUUGAUUUUUAUAAAUUUCAGACCAACAAAUUUGGCAUUAAUGUGAGAACCGCACUUUUCUCAGCAAUAUACAGAAAAACAUUAUGCCUCAGCAGUGAAGCCAGACAGAAGUUAUCAUCCGGGGAGAUAGUCCAGCUGUUAUCCAAGGACUGUGAUGCCAUUGGCCAUUUGAGUGAUGAAGGCUUUAUUUUGGUCGAAUGCCCGCUUGAGCUUAUCAUCGGUCUGAUUCUUGUGUAUAGAACUGUAGGAGUGGCCAUGUUUGCAGGUCUGGCAACACUGGGUGUGCUCAUUGCUAUCAAGGCAGUUACAACAAAAAGGCAUGCCCACUACGACAGACUGCUGAUGAAAUACGCAGACGAAAGAAUGAAGAUUGCCUCCCAAGUCUUCAGUGGAAUCAAGGUCUUGAAAUUGUAUGCCUGGGAGGAAGCUUUCAAAAAUCGUAUCAAUGUUAUACGCAAAAAAGAAUUAGCAGCCAUACUUCAGUAUGACUUGUUUAGGUUUUUCAUUACUUUUGCCUGGACAGGAGCAGUCUUUUGGCACCAUCUGAAAGCCUCCACUGUCUUUGUCACCAUGGCCUACUUGGUGUACAUCCGUUCGGUCUGCAAACCCUUCUAG